GACUCUAGAUACAUGUAUAGAAGUUUGUUUGAAAACAGUUUGAAAACUUGAUCAAAUGAAAACUUAAUCGAGGAACGUCUCGAGAGUGAUAUUUGAAAAGUGAUUGCCGUUAUUAUGAUAGAUAUUAAUUUUUGGCAUCUCGUCUCUUUAAGCGUCUUUUAGCGCGAUCAGCGACAUGGAGGACAUAGAACGUUUUAUAAAGGUUGCGCAGCAGAAAAGGUUCGUUGAUCAGCGUGAACUGGAACGUCUCGACGUGGAGCCCAUUGAGCACAGGAAAUUAAUGAAGGAACUGCAAGAUUUGAGAGGAGAGAGAGAGCAGUGCAAGGAGAACAUCACGAAACAUCUCAAUAUGAUUACGUCGCACAAGCAUUCUAUACACAAAAUUGUACACUCUACGAACGACAUCUCAGGCUUGCCUGUGCCGCACGAUUACGCACAAGACAUGACAACAAUGUUCAGCGAUGCGAUCAAUUUCUUGAAUAACAUAGGAGAUAUUCGCGAAGCACUCACUAAGGAGAAUAAUGUGGAUCCUUCGACGUUGAUUCAAGCCGUGACGACGUGCGCAGAAGCCGUAGGAAGCAAGUUAUAUCAAACAAAGUGCAGUAUUACCCAAUUGGAAACGUUGAAGGACAAUAUAGCGGUGCUCCAACAAUACAUUUUGGAUAAUAGCGACAAUAUUGAGGAUGAGAGUAUAAAUUCAACUAUCAAUGGUGAGUCAAUGGAUAGCGGAUCAACUAUCGUAUAAUAAAAUGCGUACUAACGUUUAUUGUCUGUGUUACUCAGAAUAUAUAAAAUAUUAAACAGAUAGUUUUCAUGCGAAAAGUA